UGCCGGUUAGAGUACUCUACAGGACGUACUUCCAGUGUCAAUUUUCUGUAGUCUACUCCGACAUCCGCUCGGGUGUUUUGCUAUCUUCCGGGUCCCCUGCUUUCGAUGGGCAUUCCCCAGUUCAAACGGCACCUGGAGCCCUACACGCAGAGGGCAGCCAUUGAGCCUGGCGACGUUGUCCUCGACGGACCGGCUCUGGCGUAUCACGUUCUCGCCCUGUGCUCGAGGGCAACGCGCAAGACCAGCCCGUUUGAGCAGCCAUCGUACGAGCUGCUGGGGAAAGUCGCUGUGGCCUGGCUUGAGAAAAUCCAGGCAUGUGGUCUUUCCGUUGUGGCAAUCUACUUCGACGGUUACCUCCCGGACUCGAAACGGGCCGAGCGGAUCCAAAGGCUCAUCAAGUCAUCACGGGAUCUGAUAAAGUAUCACUCAGCCUUUCUCGCGGGAGUACCCCCGAGUAAUCCGCACCACGCAGUCGACGGCGUCGUCGACUUGUUUCCCAACGCUUGGCCAGGAGAAAAGAAGGCGAAGCCGCCGCCACCUCCCUUCCUCGUCCCGGCGGUUAUUGAUGCUUUGAGAGAAUCGCCCAAGUUCGGCCCACGGGUCGAAUUGGUCCCCGGGGAAGCCGACGGCUUCUGUGCUGACCAUGUUCGGCGCCACGGCGGUACGAUACUGACAUCAGACUCGGACCUGCUGGUGCAUGAUCUCGGCGAAGCUGGGGCCGUUGUCUUCUUUGCAGACGUGGACGCCGAUCCACAGACAGAAAGACUGAUUGCCCCGCAAUACCAGUCUAGGACUCUCUGCAGACGGCUAUCAAUUCAAGCCGAGACUGGACUCCAGCGUAUCGCGUUCGAGGUCAGCAGAGACCCUCACUUGACUCUCCAGCAGGCUGUGGAGAGGGCCAAGAAGAGUGGGCCGUCCUCUGCAUUCCCGGAGGAGUACUCCGACUUUAUCAAGCAAUAUCAUUCCCCGGAGGUGUCACCGAAUCUCAAGACAGACUGGGUCGUAGCCUUGGAUCCACGGGUAUCCGAGAUCGUCCUCCGAUCUCUCGCAGGAUUGGAGAUCGCAACUGGCGUUUCAGAACCGGGCUCUCAGGUCGGCAACGGACUCGAAGUCUACCUUCCUUUCCUGCUCGACUGCCCAUCACGGACCAGCGCGUGGGAGGCGAGCAAGCCCCUGAGACAGUUGGCUUACGCGCUCUUGCUGUCCAACUACGGCAGCAGCAUACCGUCCAUAUCGGAGAUGAGGCGCAUGCAAUCGAUAUCUUCGGGGACGCAAGUUGAUGUUCCAGGGCCUGCUCAGGUUGACGAACUCGGCAAUUCGCUGCUCGCCCUGCUCUCGAAACUCGAGGCGGGUGUGAGCAAAGCUGAGCUUAUCUGGCCGCUUCUGUCCAUCUAUCAUGACAUCGUCAUGACCUUGAACCGUGCAAGGGGCUACCCCCUCAGUCUUGACAUUCUGGACCAGGAAGCUAGGGGAACACUGGAUGAACGUUCUUGGGAGUUCAUCCAUUUCCUCGCGCAGACGCAAGCCGUUUGCUACUCGCUGAGGAUGCUCCUCCAGAUACUUCAAUUCUCAGCGCGAUCUACUGGAACUCUGUCAGCAACAAUGUCGGCGCUUGCCAAACUCCUCUCCCGGCUUCCUUCACUAGCAGACUUCCCUUCGCCAAGAACUUUCGCAGAGACACUCAGAGUGCUGAGGGAGGCAGAGGGUCUCUCAUGCCUGCGGAGCCUUUGCGCAGAUUACAAAGAUAUCAUCCAGCAUAUACAGGCUAUCGGGAAGCCGAAGAACAUUCCAAGGUCCAAGAAAAACAGAUCCACGACAUCUGCAGAGGUGCAAACAAGAUCUCGUUCGACAAAUCCAUUUGAUCUCCUAGCGAGCAGCGGGGAGUAGGCGCCACCUCCGGCAGGAUGUGGAGGAAAUUGCAGUCAAUAAAAGGUUCAAGACCAGAGUCAAACGACAGUACUCAUUCCCACCUCCGUGUCCUCUCCAUCUGAUACCACUGCACGUUGUUGACAGCCCCUGACCCCUUUCCCAAGACCCAGCGAAGAAUACCAAGGGUUAGGGUCAAAGCGCAUCCCCUGCCCCAGGUCCUUAUCGCUAACUUAUC